AUGGUGUGUAUCUUACAACUCAUUCUGAAUGUCUAUCUGUAUGUAGUUGCCUACUCAACCUCUGGAGAAGAUCUGCUGAAGAUCACCAGGUAUGACAACUUGACUAAAGAGAAAGAUGAGCUACGGUUCAGCUACAGCAACCUGACUAAAGAGAACGAUGAGCUACAGACCAGCUACAGCAACCUGACUAAAGAGAGGGACCAGCUACAAACCAGCUACAACAACCUGUUAAAAGAGAUAGACCAGCUAAAGACCAGUUACAACAACCUGACUAAAGAGUGGGACCAGCUACAGACAAGUUACAAUAACCGGAAUAAUCAGUUUUGUCCCCAAAACUGGAAAAAGUUUGGCUGCAGUUGUUACUACAUCUCCUCUGUCAAGAACACCUGGAAUGCAGGCAGACAGGACUGUCUGAAUAGAAGAGCAGACCUGGUGAUCAUCAACAGCAGAGAGGAACAGGCUUUUAUCAAAGCACUUGGCCACAGAUCCUGGAUUGGUCUGACUGACAGAGAUGUUGAUGGAACAUGGAGAUGGGUGGAUGGGACACCAAUGACCACAAGUUACUGGAUCAACGGGGAGCCAAAUGGAGGGAAAAAAGAAAACUGUGGCGAAAAUAAAAUCUCCAACGAUGAUCCAGUAAUGGCUUGGAAUGAUCAACCAUGUGACCAUAAAAAUUAUUUUAUCUGUGAGGUGUAAACCAAACAGCUAAUUUACAGAAAAGCAUGAUUACUUUUUAUACAACUAUGGAAUUAUGAAAACGCUUAGUCUCUUUCUUUCUGAUUUCUUGUUCAUACACAGAGUUGGAUGGAUUCUGGAAAUAGGACAGGGUGAAGUCAAGGGGAAUGCUGGCAUGUUUUACAUUAGUUGGCAUUAGAUGGUA